CCUCCUGUCUUCGUCUCUAAAGCGAUUUUCAGCACGCGGAGGGUCCGCCUCACGUCCACGGAUGGCAACAUGGCGACGGAGUUUCACAACCUGCAGGAGUUGAGGCACAGUGCGUCUCUUGCCAACAAAGUGUUCGUCCAGAGGGACUACAGCGAAGGGACGACAUGCAGGUUUCAGACUAAGUUCCCGUCUGAUCUGGAGAGCAGGAUUGAGCGUACUCUGUUCGAGGACACCGUGAAGACGCUGAACAACUUUUAUGCAGAGGCAGAAAAGAUCGGAGGACAGUCGUACCUGGAGGGCUGUCUGGCCUGUGCCACGGCUUAUCUCAUCUUCCUCUGCACGGAGACACGAUACGAGAAGGUGUUGAAGAAGAUAGCCAAGUACAUUCAAGAACAGAACGAGAAGAUCUAUGCUCCCCGAGGUCUGCUGAUCACGGACCCCAUAGAGAGGGGAAUGCGUGUUAUUGAAAUAUCAAUCUAUGAAGACCGAGGUUCCAGUGGCUCCAGCUCAGGCAGCAGCUCCGUGUCCGGCAGCACUGCUCGAUGACCAGGACACUUUUGGAAAACCAAGCCCGCUUGGAGGAGAAUCGUGGACAGUGAUAACACUCAUGUUCCAACAUCCUGUGCACCAUCACACAAAGGAUUCACCAGAUUUUUGAACAUAUUCAUGCUCCUGACCCAUCAUCAUAAGGUUUUCCACAGCAGAUGCUUAAACACAAGUUAGCUGCAAAGAUGCACUGAGUUUCACUGAGUGAGACGUGAGCAUGAAGGAGUGGUGGUGGUUUCAUGCUCUGAAAGGAUGCAACAAGAACUGGGUUUUCAAUUACUUUGAAAGAACUGCUGGUGCCAAAAUCUACUUUAGUGUUCUGGUUCACAACUGAUUCUACUUAAAAUAACCAAGGGUUCCCAACCCUGGUCCUUGAGGAACACCAUCCUGCAUGUCUUGGUUGUUUCUCUGCUCUGAC